AGAAAUGGGUAAUUUGAUAGAAAUAGAAAGCGUCGUCGUCUUGUUUCCUCCCUGGUCGAAUCGUAUCGUCAAUCACAGGUUUCACCAUCCAUCCAUCCAUCCUCUUGGCUACCGUCCUCAAUCGAACCAGAAAAGCAAAGUGUUUGAUGAAAUUCAGCUCAAGAUGAAAUUCACUCCCCUGCCUGCCUGACUGCCUGGGGGUUUGAGCAAGGAUGUGGUGUUGAAUUUUAAUUCUCUAUUGUAGGGUGGGUAGCUUUAUUAUUGUAGUGGUGAUUGAUCAUCAUCCAUGACGUGGCGGGUGGUGAGGAAAUGACAUCAAUACGUUGCGGUGGAUUUGUGGACCCUGGAUGGGAGCAUGGUACUGCUCAAGAUGAGAAAAAGAAGAAGGUCAGAUGCAAUUAUUGUGGCAAAGUGGUUAGUGGCGGGAUAUACCGCUUGAAGCAGCAUUUAGCCAGACUAUCCGGUGAAGUCACCUAUUGCGACAAGGCUCCCGAAGAGGUCUGCCUUAAAAUGAAAGAUAACUUGGAGGGAUGUCGUAUCGGUAAAAAGCCAAAGCAAAUUGAAUACGACGACCAAGCAACGUAUCUCAACUUCCCACCUUGUGAGAACGAGAAUGACGUUGUGGAAGAAGAAGAUGAUGAAGAACACAUCAUGUACGAUGAUAAUCGCAACAAAGGAAAACAGCAACUGGUUGUCCUAGGGGACAAGGGUUUGGUUAUAAAUAUGGCUCCUCCGCCACCUCAUCCGCUCCGGUCACUCGGAUACGUUGACCCUGGAUGGGAACACGGAGUUCCUCGGGAUGAACGGAAGAAAAAAGUUAAAUGCAAUUACUGUGAUAAAAUAGUUAGCGGUGGCAUUAACCGCUUUAAGCAACACCUUGCUAGAAUACCCGGUGAAGUUGCGCCUUGUAAAAGUGCUCCUGAGGAAGUAUAUCUCAAAAUUAAAGAAAAUAUGAAGUGGCAUCGGACUGGAAGGAGGCAUAGAAGACCCGAACCUCACAAGCAUUCAACGUCUUCAUCUGCUUUUUAUGCGUUGCAUUCAGAAAACGAGAAUGAAAAUGAAGAUGACGACGAAGAGGAUGGGCAAGAGGAAGAUGAUGAACAUCUACUAAUCGAUAAAAAGAAAAGAUUUGUCAGAAGAGAAGACGCGUUGUCAUCGAAGAAACCAAAAUCUGAAACUACUAAUGAUAAAGUAUCAGGACGAAAGGAGGAGGUCAUGUCUGCAGUUUCCAAGUUCUUUUAUUACGCUGGAGUUCCGACACAUGCAGCAAACUCACCGUACUUUCAUAAGAUGUUGGAGAUGGUAUCGCAACAUGGCCCACCAUCUCCCUCCAGCGUAAUAAUGCUAUCUUCUCGUCUUCUUGAGGACGAACUUCUAACCAUUAAAACACACUUAGCUGAAUAUAAAGCCUCUUGGGCUGUUACUGGGUGCUCUAUAUUGGCAGAUACUUGGAAAGACGCACACAACAGGACAUUAAUCAACAUUUUGGUUUCAUGUCCUCGUGGUUUGCACUUUGUUUCUUCGGUUGAUGCCACUGAAUUUGUUCAUGAUGCACCGAGUUUAUUCAAACUUCUUGAUAAAGUAGUGGAUGAGAUGGGGGAGGAAAACGUUGUGCAGGUUAUCACACAAAACACACCCAUUUAUGAAGCGGCUGGAAAGAUGUUGGAGGAAAAACGACAAAAUCUAUUUUGGACGCCUUGUGCUGCUUCUUGUAUCGAACAAAUGCUGGAAGAUUUCGUAAAGAUAAAAUGGGUGGGGGAAUGUAUCGAGAAAGGACAGAAGAUCACAAAGCUUGUAUACAACCAGAUGUGGUUAUGGAAUCUAAUGAAACAAGAAUACACUAACGGACAAGAACUUGUGAGAGCGUCUUUCACCAGCGUUUCUUCAAGUUUUCUGACAUUACAAAGCUUGAUGGAUCACAGAACGGCUCUCAAACGCUUGUUUCAGUCCACAAAAUGGUUGUCAUCUCGACUUUCAAAAUCCCACGAGGGUGAAGAGGUUGAAAAGAUUGUAACGAACGCAACAUUCUGGAAGAAGGUGCAAUGUGUGAGGAGAUCAGUGGGUCCUAUUCUCGAAGUGCUUGAAAAGAUAAAUGACGGUGGUGGUGACUCCAUGUCCAUGCCGUAUAUAUACAGUAACAUGUACAAGGUGAAAUUCGCGAUUAAAAGCAACCAUGGAGAUGACCCACACAAAUACGGUAACGCGUGCAGCAUAAUAGACAAUCACUCUCUCAAUCAUCCUUUGUAUCUUGCUGCUUACUUUCUGAAUCCCUCCUACAGAUACCGACCUGACUUUGUUCCCUACCCAGAAGUUGUUCGUGGUCUAAAUUCAUGCAUUGUUAGGUUUGAGCCAAACACUGCAAGGAGGGUUUUAGCAUCAAAGCAGAUUGCGGAUUUUUGUUCUGCAAAAGCUGAUUUCGGAACUGAUUUGGCUAUUAGCACGCGAACAGAACUAAAUCCAGGUGAUGGUUCAUGCACAAAUUCCGGCGAGAUUCUUGAGAGUUUUCGGCCAAAUUCUCUAAAUUCUGCUGCCUGGUGGCAACAGCAUGGCAUAAACUGCUUAGAGCUGCAACAGAUUGCCGUACGCAUACUGAGUCAAACAUGCUCGUGUUUUGGUUGUGAUCAUACAUAUGAUGGGAUCCACAAGCGCAGGUACAACCGUCUGGCGCAGAAAAGACUAAAGGACUUGAUCUAUGUUCACUACAACUUACGACUCAAGGAACGUCGUCAAACAAGGCCGACGACUAGCUCUGACAGCCUAUUCGUGCAAGAGAAUCUUUUGUAUGACUGGAUUGUAAAGCCUGGAAAACAAGAAGACGAGGAAAUGGAUUACGAGGAGAAUGGGUUGUUCGAAUAUGAACAAGGAAAUGGAGAGAGUAGGAAAGGGGGUUCACUAGACAUACAGCCAUUAGACUCUCAUCCGCCUGAAGAUGAAGACGAUGACCUCAAUUUCCUGGAUGAGGAGAGUGAUUGAUUUGAUUCUCAAGUGAUGUAUGUAUAGGGAGGGGUAAAUUGUCCACGUUGUAAUGAAACAUCAUGUAUUAUUAUUUAUUUUAUUAUAUGCACCUUUUGCUCAAUCA